UGUGUUUACUUUCGUCGCGAAAGGAACAUCUCGUGUGUGCUCUCUGCCGGUAAGAAAAAAUAACGAUGUUCCGCCGGUAUCGGUUACCGCAAAUUACGCGCGCCGUACUCGAAGUAACCCGGCACUAUGCGGGUGCUCAUCAGAAAGUUCCCUUGAUAAGAUUACCCCUUGGUCGUUUGAACGAACUGAAGGAAAAGCUAACCACCAAUCCGGUUCCCUCCGCAUCAGAAUGGAGUGAAAUUAGAAAAGGCAUUCUGGAUGAACGUCGGUUUACCGCGACCAAUGUGGACAGUACGGUGCUGGGGUUGUGUAAUACGUUGGAAAGCGGUAAAUCGUACGCGCAGUUUCUUCGGGGGAGUGGGAUCGAGAUGAAUUUGGCUAUGAUUGGGAAGCUGCUGCGGCUGUACCGGGUGCAGCACAGCGAAGGUUUUGAAUUGAGAGAGGAAGAUCGCCGGGAUAUUCUAAAGUUUCAUAAUGAUUUGAGAGAGAAAAAUACAGUGCUGGAUGCGAAUACCUGUGAACACUUGGUGGCGGCUCUGACGCUCACUGAACAUUGGCGACUAUCGUUCGAACUGUUGGACAUGAUUAAGCUAACCGGAAUUCCGGAUAGUGGCACGUACAGUUCUCUCAUUGCAAAGUGCUUCCAAGUCGGCGAUAUCGAAGCCGGUUGGAAGCUGCUGGAAGAGCAAACCUCGAACAAACGGUUACCGAACGAUGAAGUUUUCUUGGCUUGGAUCGAUCACUGCCUGAGGGAUGGCAAUAGAUUCAAAGAAAACCUCAUCAAAAUGCUGUCGUUCACGGAUGCCAAAUCGAUAUUCCUAUCGAAACAGAUAGGCUCCGCCCUCAGAAAGCUCCCUUCAGAGUUAGGAAUUCGUGCUGCUGAAACACGCGUUACCGAUGGUGGUAAAUGUUCCCACUGCAAGUCCUCUCUGGCCAGCAUUGUCGUACCGGAGGAAUCGUUCCGUGCUCUGAGGGAUACCUUUGUACAAGCUGUGAUCAUCAAGAAGGAAAUCUUCAACAAAACCACACCGAAAGAAUUGGAGCGCUUCCAGGUGUUUCUGAAAAAGACCAAACCCUACGACGUGGUAAUUGAUGGCCUGAAUGUGGCCUUUUCGACCGGCAAUCAAAAGUCUCCCAUCGUCUAUGCCAUGCAGAUUGCGUCCGUUGUGAAGCACUACGUGCGCCAGCGGAAGCGGGUGCUGGUCAUCGGUCGACAACAUAUGGACCGAUGGCGUUCCAAGGAUAUGAAGUACAUCAGGGAGAAUGCGUUCCUCUUUCUGACGGAGGAUUUGUCACAGGACGAUCCUUUCCUGUUGUACGCUGCGCUGGAAAGUGGACCCCGUACGGAUUUCUUCUCGAGGGAUCUGAUGCGGAGGCAUUCGAGCCUGCUGGGUGAUGAGUUGGGCGGUGUGUUCAAGCGGUGGCAACAGGAGCAUCAAUAUUCGCUGCUUUCGAUAACGGCCGAUGGAAGGGUGAUCAUCAAAUCCCCGUUUAAGCACCAGAUGUUUGCCCACUGCUUGCCGGGGGAUGCAGACCGGUGGCAUGUGCCGUUGGUGGAAGAUUGUCUGAAGAUACCCAGGGUGGAGAAGCAAGCGAGCUGGUUGUGUUUGAAGUUUGAUUAGAGUAUUAGAGGACGGUUUAGUAAUGGGAGAAGUUAUGUGGUGAGGGUUGUGCUUUUGUAGAACUUUAAAGAAAGCCUUGCAUUUGUUUUCAGCUGAGUGGUGAGUAAGGGAAAUUGUGUUUAGAAAUUCAGUGGUGUGAAUUUGUCAUAAAUCGAAUAAAAGGUGCAGGAGAUAGUAAGCUAAAUCAAAGCCCUUGGUGGAUUAUUUUCAGCAGAUGCAGUAUCCCAGGUAAGUCUUAUUCAACUAUAUUUAAUAUCUAUGAACUUUUUCAUCAUAUAAUGCU